GAGGGCGCUAUUUCACACACCGGCAGCAUGGCGGCGACAACAGUAGAAAAGGUUCAAGAAGUAAGAGAGGUGACAAAGAUUGAAAGAAUUGGUGCACAUUCCCACAUCCGAGGCUUGGGUCUUGAUGAUGCGUUGGAAGCAAGGAAGGUAUCACAGGGAAUGGUGGGGCAGUCGGAUGCUCGGCGAGCAGCUGGUGUCGUCUUGGAGAUGAUUAAGGGUGGGAAGAUAGCUGGUCCCCGUGCAUGUUUGUUUUCUGGCCAGCCAGGAACCAAGACAGCUAUAGCCAUGGGCAUUGCCCAGGCGCUUGGUUCAGACACACCUUUCACAAGCAUCGCUGGCAGCGAGAUCUUCUCCCUGGAGAUGAGCAAGACGGAGGCUCUAACACAGGCUUUCAGGAAGUCCAUUGGAGUCCGAAUUAAGGAAGAGACAGAAAUUAUAGAAGGUGAAGUCGUGGAAGUACAAAUAGACCGUCCAGCCACAGGAACUGGAGCCAAGGUGGGAAAGCUGACCCUCAAGACAACAGAGAUGGAAACAAUCUAUGACUUGGGACAGAAGAUGAUUGAGUCUCUCACCAAGGAGAAGGUUCAAGCUGGAGAUAUUAUCACAAUUGACAAGGCUACAGGAAAGAUCACAAAGCUUGGAAGAUCGUUCACACGAGCACGAGACUAUGAUGCUAUGGGAUCCCAGACAAAGUUUGUCCAGUGCCCUGAAGGUGAACUACAGAAGAGAAAGGAAGUGGUCCACACUGUCACUCUGCAUGAGAUCGAUGUCAUCAACAGCCGUACACAAGGGUUCCUUGCCCUCUUCUCAGGGGACACUGGUGAAAUCAAGGCAGAAGUCAGAGAGCAAAUCAAUGCAAAGGUUGCAGAAUGGAGGGAAGAGGGGAAGGCUGAAGUUGUACCUGGGGUGCUGUUUAUUGACGAGGUUCACAUGUUGGACAUCGAGUGCUUCUCCUACCUGAACCGCGCCCUGGAGAGUGAUAUGGCUCCCAUCCUCAUUGUGGCUACCAACAGAGGCAUCACAAAGAUCCGUGGCACACAAUACAAGAGCCCUCACGGUAUCCCCAUCGACCUGUUGGACAGACUUCUCAUCAUCACAACAUCCCCCUACGAAGAGAAAGAGAUCAAACAGAUUCUCAAGAUCAGGUGUGAGGAGGAAGACGUAGAGAUGAAUGAAGAUGCCCUGACAGUACUCACCCGCAUCGGGAUGGAGACAUCACUGAGAUACUCCAUCCAGCUCAUCACCACUGCCAGUCUGUGUUGUCGCAAGAGGAAGGGUGCCGAGGUUGAUGUGGAUGAUAUCAAGCGAGUUUACUCCCUGUUCCUUGACGAGUCAAGAUCAACACAGUUCCUGAAGGAAUACCAACAAGAGUUUAUGUUCAACGAGAUGCCAGAGUCAGAAUCAAUGGAAACAAGCUGAUGGCCGACUCAGUUGGCAGCCAUACUGGAUCUGACAAAGGACUUUAUUCCAUGCUGGGCAGUCUCAUUGUGUUCAUCAUUGCAAAAUUGUACAAACUUUUAUAAUAAAAUUCAAACUACAA